GUACCUUUUACGGAAUUAUCAACAAAUCAAGCACAAAACGAUUCCAACACUCCGCAAGGUCUUAACACCGAUCUUCCAACGACGGGGCCCCUGAUCGACGAAUCCAAUGCGACAUCGCUGAUCUCGACGUCCAUCGUCGAAAAAGACUUAACGACAUCGAUAUCAUCUGCACCGUCGAUUUUAAAUUCAUCAGAUGCGAUGGAAACUAUUCAGCCGACUUCGUUAAGCAGUAUGGGCGUAACGAACAACGAAACGAUGUUAAUGACGACGGCUACAGAUGAUUUGGUUACAUACGAACCCGUCACUGACGGUAUUAAUCCAACAUAUGAUGAUGUCAUUACGGCAGUUAGCGAUGAUGAGGGCAUUUUCACAGAAUCAUUCCUUCGCCUGAUCAUCAUCGCUGGUGCUACAGCGGGUUCGUGUCUCGUUCUCCUCAUCUUAGUCUUCAUCAUCGUCGCAUGCUGUCAUAGAAGACGACAACGAAAGAGAAAUGCACGAUACUACGAAUUUAAAAAGAAAGACUUCAGUUCAAAAUAUGAGAAAGUGGAGCAGAGGAACUCAUUAGCACGCGGCAGAGACCAUGCAGAUGGCGGCACACCGAUAGGCGGAGGCUGGGUUUUCAAUUCUAGCGGUUACCAUGGUGAAUAUGAAGACGAAACCGCGCCAAACGUCGCACUGCGCUCCGUCUCACCGCUAGCGGUCGCUACACCACUUCUCAAAGUUUCUCCAGUUGAGGACCAAAAUGGCGUUCCUGAUUCGGGGCACGGCGGCUCGAUCACGGCGGAUGACUCGGCCUUCGGGCUCUCACCGAGCCUCGAAGAGGACAUUGAGAUGGAGUUGAACCCUCUUUACAAAGUCUUGGGGACGUCAGUCGGCACCGCAAGCGAGGUCAGGGAUCAUAGUUACAUCGGAGGUGAUUCGGACACGAUAAGCGAAGGCAACGAACCAGUCGAUGAUGCGCCGAUACGAGACGUUCUUUUCAAUUCAUUUGGUGCUAACAGGGUGGCCAGUGAGGAAGCUGUUGAACUUUGAACUUUCAAUCAUAUUUUUUACAUUAUUAUAUCCAUUUAUAUUAAAUGCAUUCUCAUCCAGUGUGAACGGACUUUCGUUUGGACGAGCUUUUGGAUGAAUGGUGCGCGCAAGCAGGGUGGAGUACUUUUUAUGAAAUAUAUUUUCUCUCUCUUUUGUGUCAUUAGAAUGAUUCGUCUUCCAAUAUCUUCUGCUUUAAUGCCUUGUUCAAGAACGUAGGAUCAGGCUUUAUGAUAUUUCAAUGACUAUGUGCCUUAUUGGAAAUGUCGUUUGAUGUAUAUUUUGAUAAGUAAGACCUAGUGUAAGCUGAAAAUAAGAGAAAUGUGAGGAAUUAACAAGCCAAGCUUAAAAGUGAAUUUGAUUUUAAUUUUUAUCUUAUUUAUUUUUACUAAAACAAAAUAGAUGUAAUCAUGAACUUCAUUAAGUGAAGAGAAGAUGCACAAUUAUAAAAUACAAUAUGACGUACAAUAUAAACAAAGUAUUUUCAUCUUCAUGUUUCGGGGAAUAUACUAUCAUGACCAUUACAUGGUCAUUCAUUAUGAUGGAAGUCAGAUGCUAUCAAAGCACGUUACUUUUCUAGAGAGAAUCUUUUUCAACACCAUAUUCAAUAUUUUCGAGACAGAAUAAUGUGUUUCAUAAUCUCAGUUCCCCAUUUUUACCCAUCAGGGUAGAAAAUGAAAAAAGAGUAAUCACGAAGGGAAAUACAUGUCUGAAAACGGAUCUUUCUAUGAUAAUAAUUUGGAUUGCUGUAUGUUAUUCAAUAAUAUUGAUAGUAAAGCAGAUUUAAAAACAAUAGCAAAGAAAAGGGAAAUGAAACAGCAUGAAAGUAUCCUUUAGUACUCAGGAAAAAAGUACAUGUAGUUUCUUCACUUUGUCUAACCUUUCCCAAAGCAUUUGUAGAAAGCUCCAUGCAAUCUUCAACCAGUUUCAUUUUCCUUUGAAAUGUGUUCAUAGUAAAUUUUAAUUGACUAAAAUAAGUAUUAUAUCAGGGUCAUGAUGGCCGGACCGUAGGUGUAUUGAAAUUGCACGAAAAACGGCUCCUCUUCUUUUGGAGCACGUAAUGUCUAACAUUGUGAGUUUUCUUUAUUAAAAUUCACGCAAGUGAAUGAUACCUGUUGUAUUUUAAGUAUUUUAAUUAUCAAAUGAGCAAAAGGGUAUAUUUGUAAGACCGUGGUCAAAACCGGCCGUGCAUUUCUCUACGUCUGCUCUACGACGGAUUUCGGAGGAAAUCCUUGCAUAGGACUCACGGGUCUGCACGUUUUCUUUUUAAGGCAGCAGAACACUCAAUCGCCUGCAAGAGUUUGUUUUUUCUCUCGACAUAUCCAAUAUCCUCUGCGUGUGGGUAUACGUUUUUUUAAUGAGCGCACGAGACCUAGGCAGUCGUUGUACUUCGGUGCAAACCGCGCAAGGGCUUCCUGCAAGCAUUUCACGGAUUACUUGAGGUCUUCUACCUAGUCGGAGCCGUAUUAAAGACAUCGUACGGCAGUUGCAAGGCACUUGCUUGGGGUUUUAAGGCAUCCAUGAGGCAUCGUAAGAAGGACGUACGAAUAGUAGAGGUUGGCUUACUACCCGACCGUAGCUGCGGACACGGACGUGCAAAAUGACACAGGCGGGCUGUUACCAUAGCAUACACGGCAGAGGGACGAGUCAAGAAAUAACGAACCUAAACAAUAAUCUGACAUGAUCAAAUUCUCUUCGUCAUAACCCAAAGAUGGAUCAAUGAAAUCUUUGGCAAAUAAUAAUUAUUUCGGGCCAUAUUGGGCUCACGCAAUGUAUACAUGACUUUUCUACAAAGCUGUGUGUAAAAUUUAGAUUUAAAAAAAAUCCACGAAAAUCAAUAAUUUAUUUAAAUAAGUUGAUACGAUAUUGCUUCCAGAAAAUGUGGAGGAUUUUUCUGAAAGCAAUAUUCUCAGUUCACAGUUAAAACCUAGAUUAUCAACGAACUGAUGUUUUUUUUGCGCUACUGAGAAAAAUCAACUGAAACCCCACUGGUACCAAGUCCUAGUCUGUCGUAGGUCUGAUCUGAAUGAUCAGUAUAUGAUCGUUAUAUAUAUGUAUGUAUCUGUGAAAAAUAUGCAAAUAAAUGUCACUAUGGAGCUUCUCGUAAACAGAA